CUUAUAUACGUAAAUUUGAGAAGAAAUUUGCAGUAACAAUUGAAAGAAAAAAGAAAAUGUCGGAAGUCAGAAAACAAAGAUGGUCUCUUGAGGGCAUGACCGCCCUUGUCACUGGCGGAACCAGAGGCAUCGGAUAUGCUAUAGUAGAAGAACUAGCAGGAUUUGGAGCAAUAGUACACACAUGUUCACGUAACCAAACAGAGCUCGAUGCCAGAAUUCAGGAAUGGAAGAGUAAGGGGCUUAAAGUAAGCGGCUCAGUUUGUGACAUGAAAAUUAGAGCUGAGCGGGAGAAGCUGAUGGAAACUGUCUCUUUGAUGUUUGAUGGCAAGCUCAACAUCCUUGUGAACAAUGCUGGAAUAGGAUUGUUUAAGGAAAUCUUAGAAUACACUGCCGAGGAUUUCUCGACUUUAAUGACAACCAAUUUCGAGUCUGCUUACCAUCUGUCUCAACUUGCGCACCCCCUCUUAAAAGCAUCUGAAAAUGGAAGCAUUGUAUUGAUCUCCUCUGUCGGAGGCGUCAUUGGUGUUCCCCUAUGUUCCAUCUAUGCAGCAACUAAAGGAGCAAUGAAUCAAGUUGCAAAGAACUUCGCAUGCGAGUGGGCAAAGGACAAUAUUCGUGUGAAUUCGGUGGCACCAGCGGUGAUUAAAACCUCACUCAUCGACGCUGCAGAGGAAGAUCAUAGAGCCAAGGAAGUUGUAAAUCGAAUAAUAUCUCGUACUCCCAUCUCGCGUGCCGGAAAGCCUGAAGAGGUUUCAGCAGUGGUUGCAUUCCUAUGCUUACCAGCGGCUUCAUAUAUCACCGGCCAAGUUUAUUGCGUUGAUGGAGGAUACACUGUGAAUGGGUUCUAGUCUGUGCUCAGGCCAUACGCCAGGGCUAUCCUUUAAGCUCGAGAGAGAAAGCUGUUAGAAUCUGCUGUGCUGGAAAUCCGAAAAACGUUGAUGGAAUCAAACGGUGGUGGUAGGUCUUAGCUGUCCUAUCUGUUUUACCUUUCAUUGUUGUAUAAAUCUGUCACUAAUUCUACCUAUUUGAUGUUGUAUGAGUGGUGAGAGCAUCUGGGUGUAUGGCUAUAAAUUAGAGGGGUUUUCUCGGGUUGUGCCUUGUGUAAAAAGGGGUGAACCUAAUCUCUGCAAGGUUUCUCAUAUCGAAUAGCGAAUA